AUGGCGUACUCCGAGGAUGCGGUCAAGGCGAAGCUCAACUCUCUGAACGAGACGCAAGACAGCAUCGUGAGCAACGCGCAAUGGAUCAUGUUCCACCGCCGUCAUGCCGACCGCACGGCCUCGAUAUGGAUGAAUCGGCUUCAGGAGUCUAACAUGUCCAAGCGCCUAAAUCUCAUCUAUCUCGCCAAUGAAGUCGUGCAGCAGUCGCGUGCGCGUUCCAAAACAGACUUCCUCAUCGCAUUUGAGCCGCUUAUCGCAGACGCGACAGCGCUGGCAUACAAAGGCGCCAGUCAAGAGGUUCAGGGCAAGCUUCGACGAGUUGUGGAGGUAUGGCGGCAGCGGAAUAUCUUCGAUCCGCGCAUUCAGGAGCAGACCGAGAAGAGGUUGGACGAGAUCGAUAAGCAGAAAGGUGGCAAGAGUCUCGGUGGAGGUGGUUCAAGAUUGGGUGGUAGCUUGUUUGGUGGCAGCGGAGGUAGUGUCGCGCCCGAGUUGGAUGGCAUAAACAAAAUUCAGUCCAACUUGAACAAGGCGGAGGCGGCAAGCAAAGCUCCCGUCAAAUCCGCGAACUCAGAAUACUCGAAGAUGACGGACCCAAGCACGCCUGUACCCUCUGCGCCAGUGCAUGCAGCCAAGUUGCGUGGGCUUGUGAAUCGGGAACUACGAACUGCGCAUGGUGCAGUCGAAGCGAGUAUCAAAGCGCGAAAAGAGCUGCUAGCAGGACUGGAGAGGCUAACGGAGAGCAACCGCGCGAAAUUGGCAGAGGAGGAAGCCACCACUGCUGAGCUGCAACAGAAGAUCGACGAGAUGGAGGCAACCAUUCAGGAGGUUGAAGACAGCAUCAUGCGCGGUCAAGAUGUGGCCCCGAUCGAUGGAGCUGCAAAUGGUACAGCCUGGAAUGGAUCAGAUCCUGAUCGCCCAGAAGCAGAGGGCUUCACGCCGCCUCCUCCAGACGUGGAGGGAUUCACUCCUCCGCCACAAGACGGCGCCGACACGUUGGAAGGCUUACCUGCGGAUGAGGGCUUCGCAAGCACAACCGGCGCUGAGUCCAUAUCAGAACAGCCACCUAACUUCGACGAGCCCGCACCAUCAUAUGUACCUCCGCCUGCAAUAGCGGGUACCGGCUCAGGUGCCCCGUCUAAUGACUUCCUCAGGAACCUUCUGUCGCAGCAAGGUCAAGUACGCCAAGCUUCAAGCGAGUUGCCUGCAGAUCCUCGACUCAAGCGUCGGAAAUUGAGCCACAACAACGAAGACAGCGUAGAUAACGAGAUUUUCGGUGCCACCGGCGUGGACGAAGCUGGCAUUUCGGCCAUGUUGGGACAGUAG